AUGUCAAGCACUGCAGGUCCUUCUGCUCCACCCAGAGGUAUGCCAAUCUUGUCUGGUCCUCCCCCGGUGGUGGAAUCCGACAAUUGCCGAGCAUGCGGUAAACAAUUCAACCCGUUAUGGCGAAGACCUCAUCCUUGUGGUCAUUGUGGCUACCAAUAUUGCUCCGCUUGCCUUGGCGAUGGACAGGCUUUGAUGCCUCGGAAAGCGGACAGUGGGUCUAGAUCAUCAGGACCAUUGGCAGAGAUCAAGGCGGCUUUUUCCAUGGACGAUAGACCCGCUGGGAGUGGUUAUGACGUGGAGGAGGUAUGUUUACAUUGUCUUGGAAUGUUGCAAGUGACAGCUGCUUCUUUAAACAUGUUACGUGCAUUACCACUAAAACGAUUGAAAGAGUACCUUGCGGCGUAUGGAAUCGAGUGUAUGGGACCUAGGGAGAAAGAAGAUUUCGUUCAAGCGGUAGUUAGAGCGAAAGAUCCUUCGACCGGUUGUCUCUCCCCCGAUGCCGAGAAUUAUUACAGGCGGAAAAGUGUACCAAAGUUCCAACCUCCACCAGCUCCACCACCACCUCAACCUCAACCUCAACAACCCAGACCCACGAGAUCUACGGGUAAUUAUAACCCUUAUGUUUCCCCUGGCCCUUAUCCUCCACCACCUCAGUAUAUGCCCAAUCAACAUAACCCUUAUCGACCGCCGCCCACUGGUUGGAGCCAUCAUUAUACUCGACCGCCCCCACCUCGUCCGGCUCAGACUCCACCACGACCUAAACCGGCACCUUCACCCGCUCCUGUUCCGGCUCGUCCUCCCACCCCGCCGAUCCCGACGGUUCUUUCACUCGUAAGCCUACCAAAGUCAUAUCUAUCAUCCUUAACCGUGGGUCAGCUCAAGGGUAUUCUGUAUGAGAAUCAUGUCAAGGUGGAUUUCAAGCAGGUGUUAGAGAAGGACGAAGUGAUAAAUCGAGUUUGGGAACUGGUACAGGACGAGAGACAUAGGUUGGAGCGACAAAGAGCUGCUGAGGAGGCGGAAGAGAACGGUGGUGUGGUGCCAAAUGGGAAAAUGCCUGAAGUCUCCUCCGAAGAGAAACAAAGUAAAGUACCUACAGGACCUAUGCCAGAUCCUGAUAGAGGUCUGUGUAUAGUUUGUCAAGAUGCAGAGGCGACGUUGGCUGUGGUCGAUUGCGGACAUUUGUGCAUGUGUGGUGACUGUUCGGAUAUCAUCAUGGCCACUAGUCAAGAAUGCCCUUUGUGUCGAACAAGAAUAGUGACGAAACAACGUCUCAUCCGGAUUUAUCGUCCCUAG